UCUCGUGUCUUUCGUGAUAGUAACUCGUGCUCCUUCCUAUCUUGAGUUCAUAUCGUGGUAUGUUUAGAGUUCAGUUUGGAAGAACACUUGGAAAAGAAAGGCGUUAACGAGUAGUAGAGUCAAGUAUGGUUAUAGUUUUGUCAUAGUCAAAUAUCUUGUCAGCACGUAGCUGUCACAGUAAGGGUCAGUUUGUCUUGGCGUUGUGGUCUUUGUGAAUUGAACUCAAGACUCAUUAACUUCGUCUUUUUUUUUUUUUAUACCAUGUGGGCUUUUCACGGGAAUUUCUGGGCUAAAGGGAUACUUAUUAAGGGUACCUCCUAUUUCAAAGCCCACCCGCUAGGAAACCGUUGCCCCGAGUGAGGAAGCCCAACCUACACUCAGACCGUAGACAGGAUUCGAACCCGUGCGCUUGGAGACCCCUCGGAUCCCAAAGCACGCACGGAUCCACUGUCUUGUAAGCAUCCGGAGACUGCAAGAGCUUUUCCAAUGGCAGAGGAAGUGGAAAUGAGCGAUAGUGAAGGAGGUUACCAGCCAGCACCCCAGACAGUGGUGGUGGUCCCAGUAGUCGCCAACAGAAUGAGGAUGAGGGGGCCAGCAUACCUGCAGCAGGGGGUGAAGGUGGGAGGCAUGAUGCUGGGCAUGGGCUGUGUCGCCUGCCUGGCAAUGUUCGGCGGCUUCUUCCUCUUCGUUGGGAUCAUCAUGAUCUCUACUGCCAAUUACGACAGUGACUUCUGGGAUAAUUUUGACAGGGACCAUGAUCCAACAAUAACUGUAGGGACCAUCAUGCUUGUGAUUGGUUCCAUCAUGGUCGUGGCCAGCAUGGGUGUGUGUUUCUACGCCCGUAAAAAAUACAAGAAAUUUGGCGGCGCAACCAAUCCUGGGCAAGUAAUUAAUCCUCCACCAGCCGGGUAUGCUGCACAGCCGCAGCCUGCUGGCCUAGGAUACCCACAGCCUGCUGGCUACCCCGGCCAGCCACAGCCUGCUGGCUAUCCCAGUUACCCACAGCCAGCUGGUUAUCCUGGCCAGCCUCAGCCAGCUGUGUAUCCUGACCAGCCUCAGCCAGGUGGCUAUUCUGGCCAACCUCAAAAUACUGACUAUCUUGGUCAGCCUCAGCCCUAUGUUAAUCCUGCACCUAGUGGCUAUACACCUUACCCAGAACCAACCACUUCUUACCCAGGCCCACCAGCCCAGUAUGCAGCCCAGCCAGGCGUUCCUCCAGCAAAGGUUGACCCAUCAUACCCCACCAAGCCUCAACAAUCCUCCAUGGCCUAUGAAUACACCCCACCUCCUCCACAUGUGCCUGGCUCUGCAGAUGAGCCAACUGCACCUCCCCCAUACCAGCCAUAAGGAUGGCCAGUUGGAAAAUGGGUCAAAGCACUGGACACAGCUGGUGGAAUGUGUGUGUGUGUAUAUGUAUAUGUCUUGGAGUGCCUAUAUAGCCUCCAUGAUACCUCUGUGAAGCAGGUUAAUGGCAGCGCAGGUGUGGUGUGUGUGGCUGCUGCUGUGCUGCAAAAGGUGACAGAUGCAGGGACUAGUAUUGUGCUGCUGUUGUGGUGGUGUUAUGCCUGGUUUUGUACUGCUUUUUUUUUAUCUGCUGAUUUUCAUUAGAUUAAUUUUUCUGGUAAAAAAAAUUGGAUGAAUAGGAAUCUAUAUUUUUAUUAGGUUUCAUUUAAAGUAAAGGCAUUUUAACUUUAUACCACAUCAAAAGUCAUGUUUUGAAGUCUUGACAUGCAUUGUAGUUAGUAAGAUAACAAGAAUUACUGGAUGAAUUAAAAGUGUAUGGCCAAAAUGACAUGUGUUGCUCUGCUCUAGUUGUGGCAUGGAAUCUACAAAAUUGCUUAUCAUUUAAAAGCUUUCAUAGGACUAUAUUCUGAAACAUUUAUGGUAGCAUCUCCAUUACAUACAGAAGGCUUUCGUUGAAGGGACAUAGGUUUUUGAGGGUGUUUUCAUGGUUCUAAUGACAGAUUAAUAACAUUUCUACAUUAUCAACAGCAGAAGCACUCUUGAGAACCUGGCUCAUCAUCUCUGUGGCCUUGGAAAAUAGUCAUGGUGAGAAAGCAGAACGUUUGUGAAUAUAGCCCAAACAUUUGCUAAGCCACAUUGGCUAGUUAGGCAUGAGACGGCUCGAUAGGAGAGGAAAAGCGUGCCUCUACCAGUGGCCUUAUUUACUUGUGACUUAAGUUGUUUUACUUGUGUAUUUCUUGUGAUUGCGUAUUCUCAUGUAGGAGUUAGAGUUGAAUUUUAUUUAGAAGUUAGGUCUGUCAAUGUAACAUAGAGGUGAUUUUCAUGAGGGAAGGCAAACUGAAGCAUUGGAGUAUAGACAAGUUAUUACUACUGCUGAGAUGCUUCUUAAUUAAUUUUUAUCUAUUAUGGAGUGCUGUCGUUAAAACAAAAGUUGCUGAUAGAGGCAGAAAUCACAAUCGUAAAUUAUUUUGUUUUAGGAUGCAUUAAACAUGUUGAGUUACCAAAUCUGGGACCAUAUUGUGAAACUUCCUGCACCCUGACUACUUUCAAAAGACUUUAGUUGAAGUUUUCAAGGAUAUUUUUAUGGUUCUAGAUAAUUAAAAAAUAUUUCUACAUAAUUGACAGGAGAAACGCUUGGAAACUUGGCUCAUCAUUAUAGUGUAGCCCUCUGAAAAUAGUCGUGAUGACAGAGCAAAGUGUUUUGUAAUAUGGACCCUGUAAGGCAGCAACCUGUUGAUCUAAGAAUAUUGCAUAAUGGGAGGCUACUGAAGACCUCCAGACCAAGAGUAUAUGUUUAUGCUGCUGUAAGUCCAACAGACAAACAUCAUUCCUUUAUCGAUACAAUAAAGGAUAUAAAUGAUGGAAAUGUAA